UGUGAAGCCGAAUCUCUGCUUUCCUGUCGGCACGGCGGCUGCAGGAGAUGGCUGCUCCAAGCUGCCAGACAUGCUUGUAGAUGUGGGGGGAUCAAAGUUGAAGGCUUUUCUGUUCCUCUCUGAUUUAGGCUGUGCUGUGCCAACGACGACACCUUGAAGGGCGAUGGGAGCGAGUGGGUGUGAAAAGGGGCGAGUAUAAAGUAGGUGCUGUAAAUGCGCUCGCAACAUUUCAUCCUUGCGCUCGAGCGGGACUGGAACCUCCGAGAGACCCGACAGAGCGCGUGCCGCUGGAACUCUACUGCGCAGAUCAACGACCAUGGCAUUGUUUUUUGACCAAUCGUUCGAUUUGGUUAAAAAAAUAAGCGUGGAGACGGAAAGAGAUUUUAUUUUCAACACAAGCAUGGUCCAGCUGACAGAUGUAACAACCAAGCAUUCGUUGUCUUCUCCUGAACUCGAAAGAAGUUACCAUGCUGAGGGGCAAAGGAAGCGGAAGAGGACGAUCUUCAGCCGCGCUCAGCUGUCAGAACUGGAGCGCGCGUUCAUGAUCACGCCGUAUCCAGACAUCACUCUGCGCGAGCGACUGGCUGCACUCACACUGCUUCCAGAAAGCAAAAUUCAGGUGUGGUUCCAAAACAGACGAGCUCGCAGUAUGAAAAGCAAGAAGUCGAGCGCAGCGGUCAGGAGGAGUCCAGCCAGGGAUGUGAGCUCUCACUCUACACCUGGAGCGACCUUUCCAUCAACCGAUCUUGAUUUAAAUCCGGAACAAAUGUAUGGUGUUCCAGAACAAAGAGCCAGCAGAGGCCUGCGUCACCAUCAGCAAAGCCUUAGACCAGCUCUCAGUCCCUGGUCUCAGAAUCUUCCGCAUCCAACGCCAUCCACACCAGCCAUUUCUCCAGAGCUGCCUGGAGGUCUCCAGUGGGGGGGCAGACAGUCGGAAACACAUGGAGCGUCAUCUGUCUCCAGCUGCCCAUCCGACAGGUUGGCUCAUUAUUCAUUCCAAGGCCAGUCGAGCGGUCACUGGCAGAUCAACUGCUUUUCAGCUCACCCUGAAGGCUUCUCUGGACAUCAGCUGAAAUCUUACUGUCCCGCCAGUCAGGCCAUAUAUUCUUCCAUGUCUGUGGACCAAGUGAUGCCUACACAUCAAACCAGUUUGGAGGAAGCACUGCAAAGACAGGCUCUGACCCACUACCCUCAGACCUCGCUGGGAGACAUCUCUGACCUCAUUUAUAAAGCAGCUGUAGUCACCAAUCUGGAAGACUGCUAGAACAGUAGUUUGAUUUAUUUAACACUAUUUUGAACUCUUUGGUGAACUGACUUAUGUGUCCUUAAAGUUGUUAAUAUGUGUUAAUGAAACACGAUUCCCCUCUUUUUUGCUAUUUUGAUCAUUGCAAAUUGUGAAGAACUAUAGUUUAGGACUGUCCAACAUGACUUUGAAAAUGAUUCU